UGUUUUUCCACUACCAAAGCAACCACGAUGGCUCCCGACAAGAAGCAAAAAGGACGCAACAAGAAGAUCACCCUUGUGCAAGGCUCCAAAAGGGACAAGGCCACGACCAACGGUGCGACCAACGGAACGGCCGAGAUGACCGAGGAAGAGGCACUUUGCGCCAAGUUGGAUGAAGAGGCGCGAAUCAACGCGGAGGCCAGAGCCUGCACCGGGUCGCUGGCCGUGCAUCCACGCUCCCGGGACAUCAAGAUUGCCAACUUUUCCAUCACGUUCUUCGGUAGUGAAAUGCUGCAAGAUACCAUGCUCGAGUUGAACUGUGGCCGUCGUUACGGUUUGCUCGGAGCCAACGGAUGUGGUAAAUCCUCUCUGCUGGCGGUGUUGGGAAACCGUGAGGUUCCCAUUCCGGACCACAUCGACAUCUUCCACUUGACCCGGGAGAUUCCAGCCAGCUCCAAGAGUGCGCUCCAGUGCGUCAUGGAGGUGGACGCGGAACGCAUCAAGCUGGAGAAAAUGGCCGACGAGUUGGUUGACCAGGAAGAUGACGAGUCCCAGGAACGGCUCAUGGAUAUUUACGAUCGUCUGGAUGAAAUGUCAGCGGAUUGUGCGGAAGCGAAAGCUUCCUGACUUUUGCACGGUUUGGGUUUCAGCAAAGAGAUGCAGGAAAAAGCCGCCAAGGACUUUUCCGGAGGUUGGCGUAUGCGAAUCGCACUGGCACGUGCGCUGUACGUGAAACCCCAUCUCUUGCUGCUGGACGAACCUACAAACCAUCUUGAUCUGGACGCUUGCGUGUGGUUGGAGGAAGAAUUGAAGACCUACAAACGUAUUCUUGUCAUUAUUUCCCACUCGCAAGAUUUCCUAAACGGCGUUUGCACCAACAUUGUCCACAUGACACAAAAACGGCUGAAAUACUUCACGGGUAACUACGAACAAUUUGUCAAGACGCGAAUGGAACUGUUGGAAAACCAAAUGAAGCAAUACAACUGGGAGCAAGAUCAGAUAGCCCAUAUGAAGAACUACAUUGCUCGUUUUGGUCACGGAUCCGCCAAGCUAGCUCGUCAGGCGCAAUCAAAGGAAAAGACCCUUGCCAAAAUGAUGGCCCAAGGUUUAACCGAAAAGGCCGUCGACGACAAGCAGCUUAACUUUUGUUUUCCGUCUUGCGGUACAAUUCCGCCGCCUGUCAUCAUGGUACAGAACGUCAGCUUCCGAUACAAUGAAAAAACUCCGCACAUCUAUAAAAAUCUUGAGUUUGGUAUUGAUCUGGACACCAGGUUGGCUUUGGUCGGACCCAACGGAGCUGGCAAGAGUACGCUGCUGAAACUGCUGUAUGGAGAUCUUGUGCCUACGUCCGGAAUGAUCCGCAAGAACUCACAUUUGCGCAUCGCUAGAUAUCAUCAGCACUUGCACGAAUUGCUUGACAUGGACAUGAGCCCCUUGGAUUACAUGUUGAAAUCUUUCCCAGAAGUGGUGGAGCGAGAAGAAAUGCGUAAGAUCAUCGGUCGCUAUGGACUUACUGGCCGUCAACAGGUUUGUCCCAUUCGACAACUGUCGGACGGACAGCGAUGCCGCGUGGUGUUUGCUUACUUGGCAUGGAAGAAGCCUCAUCUGCUGCUGCUUGAUGAACCUACUAAUCACUUGGACAUGGAGACCAUUGACGCGCUGGCCGAAGCUAUCAACGAUUUCGAGGGUGGCCUUGUACUCGUUAGCCACGAUUUCCGGCUUAUCAACCAGGUCGCGAACGAAAUCUGGAUUUGCGAGAAUGGCAAAGUCACAAAAUGGAACGGUAACAUCCUGGACUAUAAGGAGCACCUAAAGAAGAAUAUUAUCAAGGAUUAAACACAAAUCAAACUAGAAACCGCUGCUAUGAUAAUAUCCGAAUAAAAUAAAAGUUAAUACACAAUAUUCUAGCCUGCAAAAGCCACAUUUGCAAAAGCAUCAAACACGAUAUAUAGGAAAAUAAUAGUGAUAACGCAAUAAUGUUGACAUGAAAUUUAACUAUCCACCAAAAACAUUCACUAAAACUUCAGCAGCACAGCUCUUUGUCCUAUUCUUAGCGCAAACCAAUUUUAUAGGGUAGGGGUUGGUGAACCACAGAACAAAGGUAACUAAACAAUUAAAAAAAAAAAGUUGACUUUGUGCAAAAACGCAACAAUGGUCGAAAAAAGCAUUUGCAAGUAUUCUACGCCUGCAGUAGAUGCUAGCUUGCACAGAAAAAAAAAAACAAAUCAAAA